AUGGCUCAUUCUGCAAAAGAAGAAGGUAAAACGAUGCACCCCCAAGAUGAAGACCCAGCUGAAUUAUCAAAAUAUAUAGCCAAGGAAUCAAGUGCAACAUUUUCAUACCUUAAGAAAGCGGAGAAUUGUAUGAAGAAAUUUUAUGAAAGCUAUUUAGUUCCAAAUGAAGACGAUGAUAGUUCACGUGAAAAUAGUGAUGAGGAUAGUGAAGAAGAUAAAAAAAAAAAUGAAAGUGAUGACAAGAAAGAAAAAAAAAAGCGAAAAAAAAAACCCCAAACAUUACUUUCAACAAUAAAACAUAACGUUUCGAAGAGCAUGACAAUUCCUAAUUUCAUUAUUUUUGGUUUUAUAUUCUUUUUUAUGGUGAUUGCAUAUUCAAGCAUGACAAAGCAUAGACAAAUAGGAUAUGCCGCAGGUUUUCUAGGUGAUGCAAGUCAACGCGCUGCUAGACCCGCAGGAUGUACUUGUGGAGGACAUAAAGCUGCUGCUGCUCAUAAAUAA